AUGGCUGCAUGGACAGAUUCCAAGCUGCUCAUGGCACUGAACCCCGACGAUUCGCGAGCGGGACUCCCUUCCCUGUCGCCAUUUCGUCCUCAUGAUAUGCAGCUUACGGCUACAGAGGUAGUGCUCCCAGAUGAGGAGUCGGAUCUCGGUUGUUAG